GGAGAGUGUAAGAUACGUAAUGUUACACGUGAUAGGACUGGGCCUCGGUGAUGCGAAAGAUAUCACCGUGAAAGGCCUGGAAACUAUUAAACAAUGUAACCGCGUGUAUUUAGAAUCGUAUACGUCGAUCUUGUCCGUGAAUUUAAAGGAUUUGGAACAAUUUUACGGAUGCCCGAUAAUGGAAGCCGACAGGGAAUUAGUUGAAAGCAACGUGGACGAAAUACUGCCGAAGGAGAAUGAGAACGUUGCCUUUCUGGUAGUCGGUGACCCACUCGGCGCUACCACCCAUACGGAUUUGAUACUGCGAGCUCGCGAGAAGAACGUAAACGUAAAGAUUGUUCAUAACUCUUCUAUCCUGACUGCGAUUGGGUGCUGCGGUUUGCAAUUGUAUCGCUUCGGGGAGACCGUGUCUAUCCCAUAUUGGAACAAAGACUGGAGGCCCACCAGCUUUUAUGAAAGAAUCGUCUCAAACAGACAGAGAGAUCUUCACACCCUCUGCUUGUUGGACAUUAAAGUGAAGGAGCCGACUAUAGAAAGUAUUGUUAAAAAGAAGAGAGAGUACAUGCCUCCACAAUUUAUGAGCGUCUCCGAAGCAGCUGUUCAGUUACUGCAAAUCAUUGAAGACAGAAAAGAAACGCAAGUACCAGGAGCACUCAACGAAUCGAGUCUUGCAGUAGGUUUAGCUCGCGUAGGCUGGGACAAUCAAAGUAUUGAGGUUUGCACUCUGGAAGAAAUGGCUCGUACAGAGUUAGGACCUCCUCUUCACUGCCUGAUCAUUCCGAGCAUCAACUUGCAUCCCAUCGAAUCAGCAUUGAUCAAUUUAUACAAAAAUAAAGAAUAAACGCUGCUGCGUCGAACCUA